GGAGGGUUAAGUAACAUUCUCUCUUCCACUUCCUCCCUCCCCACGACCUGCUGCUCCCUUCAACGCUAGAUUUGACAUUACAUUUGUACAGGUCUUUCCUCUGGUCACCUGAGAGCCUUAUCUGUGCCUGAUUCCUCCUGCCCCAGGAGCCGCCCUCCUCCCUGAGGCCAGAGAAAUGCAGGCCAUCAAGUGUGUGGUGGUGGGAGAUGGAGCUGUGGGUAAAACCUGUCUCCUCAUCAGCUACACCACCAAUGCCUUCCCAGGCGAAUACAUCCCCACUGUGUUCGAUAACUAUUCUGCCAACGUGAUGGUUGACAGCAAGCCCGUAAACCUGGGGCUGUGGGAUACAGCUGGGCAGGAGGAUUAUGACCGGUUGAGGCCCCUCUCCUAUCCGCAGACGGACGUCUUCCUGAUCUGCUUCUCUCUGGUCAGCCCGGCCUCUUAUGAAAACGUUCGCGCCAAGUGGUUCCCUGAGGUCCGACACCACUGCCCCAGCACCCCCAUCAUCCUCGUGGGCACCAAGCUGGAUCUCCGUGACGAUAAGGACACGAUUGAGAAGCUGAAGGAGAAGAAGUUGUCGCCCAUCACAUACCCGCAGGGCCUCGCACUGGCCAAGGAGAUCGAUUCUGUGAAAUACCUCGAGUGCUCGGCGCUGACACAACGUGGCCUGAAAACGGUGUUUGACGAGGCAAUCCGAGCGGUUCUCUGCCCCCAGCCCACCAGACCGAAAAAACGGGGGUGCAGCCUCCUCUAGGGGACCCUGAUUCUUGCUGGGGGGAGCCCUCUGCCCUGAAGAAAAACCCCUCGCAGGACUCCCCUUCCUGCUGCACCACUCUCCUCCUGGACUUCCUGACUCUACCCUGAAGAGAAGCUGCUGUCACCAGCUUCCCCCAAUGGGAUCCCAAAACCUGCCUCUGACCUGAGACCUCAGCGCUUCCUUGGAAGCUGGGGCUUGGCCACUAGGGCCUGCUUUGUGGCUGCCCAUUACCAGGCAGCAGCUGCCUCUCCUCCCCCUUCACAUUGCUUCCUCUGCUCUUCCCCUGCCUUCCACACAAGGCUGCAGGGAGGCAGGAGAGAGGCACAGAAUGGCCAGGGACAGGAGACAGCUGAUCAGGGCCAGGAGAGGGAGAGAAAAGGCUCUCUUCUCUCGUCUUACCACAGCUGGGCUGGAAUGGGAAGAAGGAUGGUUGAGGUGGGGAAGGAGGGUGGAAGGGUACGAGCUGGCUUCACAACCUGCCUCCUCUUGUUCAGGACACAGAUUCCAGCCCCAGCCCUCAGCUCGCUCCCGACACCAGGCUCUGCCGAUGCAACAGGGGUUGAAAGUUUCAGCGUCUUGGACCUUGGUACCUCUUGGUGGUCACAGCGCUUGUUUGUUUCUGCUGCCUAGAAGGACCAGUAUGGAUCUAUAGCACUCGUUUGUCCAUUUGCACAACGUCCCUCCCUCCUCCUGUCAAUUUCUGUAUAGGGAAUGAGAGUCAAUAAACCAACUGUACCUUCCUGA